UGGCCUAAGCAAACCCUAAAUCGCACUUCUUUUGUUGUCGUUCUAAAUUGCGAUUACACCACUUCCAUUCCAACCAAACAAAUUCGCACUUUCUGUUACCAUAUCGGAACCCUAAUUUCGACCCUAUCGUUUCGCCGGUAACUUCGUCUCCAGACAAGAAGAAGUAGUAGAAGUCUAAGAAAACAACAGGAGAGGUAGCGUUAAUAACGUUCUUGGAGAAGGACUCACAGAAGCAGGAAAAGUAACCAAAUUCCAAUGGCUUUGAAGUUUCUAAAUAAGAAGGGAUGGCAUACUGGCAGCCUUCGUAACAUAGAGAAUGUAUGGAAAGCGGAGCAGAAACACGAGGCCGAAGAAAGGAAGUUGGAUGAGAUCCGUAAGCAGAUCCAGGAGGAAAGAGAACGCGCCGAAUUUCGUCAACUUCAAGUGCAAGCUGGCCUAAUCCCUCAACAAGAGAGGCUGGAGUUUUUGUAUGAUUCUGGAUUAGCUGUUGGGAAAAACAAUGAUGGAUUCAAGGCACUUGAAAGUCUACCCAAAGCAGAACCACCUACAGUAGCAGCCCCAUCUUCCUCUAGCCAGCCACAACCACCAUUAGCUCCUGGAGCCUUAUUUGAGGAUAAGCCACAAUCUGCUAAUGAUGCAUGGAGGAAGCUACAUUCAGAUCCUCUGCUUUUGAUUCGUCAACGAGAGCAAGAAGCACUUGCUCAUAUAAAGAAUAAUCCAGUACGGAUGGCAAUGAUUCGCAAAUCUGUUGAUGAAAAGAAACAGAAGAAGUCAUCAGACGACAAGAAGCGCAAAGAGAAGCGCCAUCACAAAAAAUCCAAGCAUCAUCAGCCUCAUUCAUCUGAUGACUUUGACUCUAGUGAAGAAAAAGACCCGAAAAAUGCUAGAGUUUCCGACCAUAGAACCACUGUGUACGAUAAGAAGUCAAAAAGAGAAGCUAGUGUUUCCGAUGGGGAACUGAACGAGAUAACUGUUGGAAGAAAGAGUUCUGACAAAGACCAUAAACAUAACUACUCUCGUGAUCGGGUGGAGAGGGAUCACGAUAACUCCAGACACGAAAGGCGAUAUCCUGAAGAUCGAAAGAAUUCCGAAUCUUCUCAGAAGGAAUGGAGUCACGAUAACUCCAGGCACGAAAGGCGUUAUCUUCAAGAUCAAAAGAAUUCCGAAUCUUCUCAGAAGGAAUGGAAUCGUGAUAAUUCUAGGCAUGAAAGGCGUUAUCUUGAAAAUCAAAAGAAUUCCGAAUCUUAUCAGAAGGAAUGGAAUCGUGAUAACUCCAGGAACGAAAGGCGUUAUCCUGAAGAUCAAAAGAAUUCCGAAUCUUUUCUGAAGGAAUGGAAUCACGAUAACUCCAGGCAUGAAAGGCGUUAUCCUGAAGAUCAAAAGAAUUCCGAAUCUUCUCAGAAGGAAUGGAAUCACGAUAACUCCAGGCACGAAAAGCGUCAUCUUGAAGAUCAAAAGAACUCUGAAUCUUCUCAUAAGGAAUUGAAUCGUGAUAAGUCCAGGCAAGAAAGACGUUAUCCUGAAGAUCAAAAGAAUUCCGAAUCUUCUCAGAAGGAAAGGAGUUAUGAUAAGUCCAGGCAAGAAAGAAGUUAUCCACAAGAUCAAAAGAACUCCGAAUCUUCUCAGAAGGAACGGGGUCAUGAUAAGUCCAGGCAAGAAAGAAGUUAUCCAGAAGAUCAAAAGAACACCGAAUCACGACACAGAAGGCGUAACAUGCCUGUUAAGCUCUCUGAAGAAGAGAGAGCAGCGAAGCUGCGGGAGAUGCAAGAGGAUGCGGAGGUUCAUGAGGAGCAAAGAUGGAAACGUAUAAAAAAGGCUGCUGAUGACGAUGCUAAGGAAGCGGUCAAUGUUAAGGGUGGCAAGAAUUUCUUGCUCGCUUCUCAAGAAAAUGUUUAUGGUGUUAGUAAAGGUGGAAGCACUACCAUAGAAGAGAGCGUUCGUCGCAGGGCUUACUAUUCACAAGGCAGAUCAGAGGCUGAUGGCAGCAGUGCUUUUAGGCGCUAGUUUGGCAGGAUUUUGCAGGUUAUUCAAAAUGGGGUGAUAUGGACUAGAAGACCAACGUUCAUAGUUUUUAAUACUCUAUUAUCAUAUUAAUGAAUGUUUUACAUGGCUGUUGAUUUGUAUCUUAUUGACAAAUCUAUCAUUGGGUUGAUUAUAUUAUU